AAUCUGGAGUACAAGGAAGCUAAGCUAAUCCAUUAACUCUCAGUGCACUUCACUCCAUAGUCAGAGAGAGAGAGAGAGAGGUGCUGGAUUCUAUAGACAUGACUGCACUGAUGGGAUCUUAUUCCUGGUCAGAGAGCUUGGACUGUUCCCCCAUAGAUGGAGACCUCUCAGAUGGACUGUCCCCUCAUAGAUCUCCCCGGGAAAAAGGCUCGGAGACCCGCAUCAGAAGACCCAUGAAUGCCUUCAUGGUCUGGGCAAAGGACGAGAGGAAGAGGCUGGCAGUGCAGAAUCCAGACCUCCACAAUGCAGAGCUCAGCAAGAUGCUAGGAAAGUCCUGGAAAGCUCUGUCCCCGUCCCAGAAGAGACCUUAUGUGGAAGAGGCCGAGAGGCUGAGGGUCCAGCACAUGCAGGAUUAUCCCAACUACAAGUACAGACCCAGGAGGAAGAAGCAGAUCAAACGGAUCUGUAAAAGAGUGGAAACUGGAUUUAUGAUCAAUGGCCUCUCCAGGGACCAGAACUCCCUGCCAGAUAACAGGGGCUGCAGGUCAACUGGAGAUAAAGAGGACAGUCAGGGCUAUCCUUCCGGGACUGGUCUGCAGGACAUCAGAGGCUACAGAGAGUCUCAGAGUGGUGGCAGCAAACAUGACCAGUCCUACCCAUAUGGACUCCCAACCCCACCAGAGAUGUCACCACUGGACGCCAUUGACCAAGAGCAGAGUUUUUAUCCAUCUUCGUGCCCUGAAGACCACCACUCUCACAUCAACAGGCCCACCUACCAACCCGAAUACACCACCAGAAGUCCUAUCCUCUGCAGUCACUUAAGCCAAAUUCCCAUGACACAGCCUGGAGCACCCAUGAUACCCCCAGUACCCAAUUGUCCACCAGCCUAUUUCAACUCUAGCUACCAUCACUCCAUGCCCCAUAACUACCACCAUCAUGCCCACCUUGGUCAGCUGUCUCCUCCACCAGAUCAGCCACAUUAUGACAGUAUAGAGCACAUCAGCCAGGCUGAACUCCUUGCGGACAUGGACAGGAAUGAGUUCGACCAAUACUUAAAUACCUCCAUACUGGAGUCCAGUGAAAUGGCGAUCAAUGGACAUAUCCAGGUGUCACAGUCUGUAGACAUGCCACCCCAAGAGUCCACCAGCCUCAUCUCUGUCCUGGCAGAUGCCACUGCGACCUAUUAUAACAGCUACAGCGUUUCCUAGGCUCUUCUGUUGCCUAUCUGAAAAGACCAUGCAGUAUUAUUGGCAUCAAGUUAAGCUAAGGACACUGUCUAAUGCUCAGGGUUGUGUCAGAUAAAGACCAUACUGUCUCCAAAGUGACUGUCCUCACUCCUCAGCUGGAGACUGUCCUCACUCCUCAGCUGGAGACAGGUUGUUUUGGUAGA